GACAGAGAGAGAGAGAGAGAGAGAGAGAGAGAGAGAUGGAGGAGAGAGAGAGGAAGAGAGAGAGAGAGGGGGCGCAUAUAUUUGCAAAUGCUUGACACAUCAGUGUUGACAAAACGAGUCAUGUGACGCGCAUGAAGAUGGCGCAGCUUAUGGUAUAUUAUUGCAGGUUUCUUCUCAGCGUUUUCUUGCAGCAUCUCGACAGUUGAUGAAACCGCGCAGCGAUAUGAUCGCGACCUAUUACCUGCUAAUUACCUUCUAGCGAUGGAGCCCGUUCACACUGUGCUGAGCAGCUUGUUGAGGACCAGAUGGACUUGAUUGGCUGAAAGAAAGAAAGAAAGAAAAACAAAAGAAAUUAAAUAAAUAAAUAAGCUUCGAGGAAAAAAAAAAAAAGGACUUGGUGGUUCCACUUGAAAUGCGGCUGCAAUAAUAAUAACACCUUUUUUUUUUUGUGGUGGAGAAACAGCUCACCGUGUGCGUGCGCGCCUUUCCUGCCUGCGUGAGUGUAUGUGUGUUUGCGCGUGUGUGCGUUACAUUAGGUGGACACGGAGACUGCAUCAGACUGGAGACACACGCCGGGACAUAAUAGAGAGGAGAUAUCGAGGCUUUGAUGGUCCUUCCUCUCUCCUCCUCCUCCUCCUCCAUCCUGCACACACAGACAGACGAACAGGAUCCUGAUUCCGCUGGAGACAUGUAGUCCUCAUGUAUACGAGCAGCCAGCACAGUUUGUAGCCUUCAGCUCUCAUUUUUCAGCAGCAUCAUCUCACGAUAUCGACAUAAUGUGGCUUGCUCUACCGGAGGGAGAAUAACCAAAUAUGUGGAUACCAACAGAAGAGGAGAAGAUCGGAGUUGUGAUCUGCAACUUCCGGUCAUCAAUAUGUCAGGCCCUGGUCCUGGAGAUUGGGGAAACUGUACAGAUUUUGGAGAAGAGCGAAGGUUGGUACAGAGGCUUUUCCACCAAGAAGCCUUCUAUCAAGGGUAUUUUCCCAGUCAGCUAUGUCCACUUGAAGAAAUCUACAGUGACCAACAGAGGGCUGUGCGAGACGGUGGUGCCCCUCGAGGACCCUAUUAUCACAGAAACCACCUCCACACUGCAGGAAUGGGGGGUCCUGUGGAAGCAGCUCUAUGUGAAACACAAGGUGGAUCUAUUCCAUAAGCUGCGUCAUGUGAUGAACGAGCUCAUCGACCUGCGUCGGCAGCUGAUCCAGGGUCACCUCGCCCAGGACCAGACUCGUGAGAUUAAGCGGCACAUCACUGUACGGCUUGACUGGGGCAAUGAGCACCUUGGCUUAGACCUUGUUCCCAGAAAAGAGUUUGAAAUGGUGGAUCCAGAUCAGAUCAGCAUAUCAGAGCUACACAAACUGCACGUAUCCAGCAGACACUGUGGUCAGCAAAGCACAACCCAGGGUGACAGCACGAGACAGCGGCACGGUGACGGUUGCCGUGUCCCCGUGUCGCACCACCUCUUCAUCAAUCUGAAGAGCUUUACUUACAACAGCAUCAGCGAGGAUGCAGACGUCUUCUUCUUUCUAUAUGAUACUCGUGAGGCCAAACAGAUCAGUGAGAAGUUCAUGGUGAAGCUGAACAAAAAUGGAGGACCAAAGAAUCCAGAAAAGGUUGAUCGUCUGUGUGCUCUCUUCACGGACCUGAGCAGUAAAGACUUGAAGAGAGACCUGUACAUCGUUGCCCAUGUCAUAAGAACUGGUCGUAUGCUACUGAACGACUCAAAGAAAGGCCCACCUCAUGUGCAGUACAGACGACCUUAUGGCUGCGCUGUUCUUGCCAUGAGUGAUGUUUUCCACACCAUCACAGACCUCAAAGAGGAGAAGGACUUUGUGCUCAAAGUUUAUACAUGCAACAAUGAGAACGAGUGGUACCAGAUACAGGAGAACAUCAUCCGCAAGUCCAACACCAAGUACUCAGCUCCCAGCACCAACUAUGGCCUCAUCAUUUCCCUGCAGUUGCUGCGGGGUGAGUUGGAGCAGAUCAGACGGGAGAACCAGGCUGUGUUCAACAGGGCCCUGGCACUCACACGCAAACUGGGUUUCCCAGAUGUCAUCCUGCCAGGUGACACACGCAAUGACCUGUAUCUGACCCUGGAGCGGGGAGAGUUUGAGAGGGGCGGCAAGAGCGUCCAGAAGAACAUCGAAGUCACCCUCUAUGUACUUUAUGCAGAUGGGGACACACUCAAAGACUGCAUCAGUUUGGGCAGCGGGGAGCCCAACACCAGUGAAUAUCGUUCUUUUGUCCUCUACCACAACAACAGCCCUCGCUGGAGCGAGAUGGUCAAGCUGCCCAUUCCCAUAGAUCGUUUCAGAGGAUCCCACCUACGCUUUGAGUUCAGACACUGCUCCACUAAAGACAAAGGAGAGAAAAAACUCUUUGGUUUUGCUUUCACUCCUCUGAUGAGAGAAGAUGGGACCACACUGUCAGAUGAAAGCCAUGAGUUAUAUGUGUACAAGUGUGAUGAAAAUGCCACCUUCAGUAACCAGGGCCUGUACCUGAGUCUGCCCUGCUGUAAAGAGGACUUCAACAGCUGCCCCAACCUGCCGGCCAACCUGCCCUUCCAGAGAAGCCCCAAAGAAACCUUCUGGGUCUCCACGAUACUCUGCUCCACCAAACUCACACAAAAUGUGGACCUUCUGGCUCUUCUGAACUGGAAGGCCCAUCCAGACAGAGUGUUGGACAUCCUCGGUCGGUUACGUCAGAUUAGCGGAGAGGAGAUUGUCAAGUUCUUGCGAGAUGUCCUGGAUACGCUCUUCUGUCUUUUAGAUGACAACACUGAUAAAUACGGGCCGCUGGUUUUCCAGUCACUGGUGUUUAUCAUUAACCUGCUCAGGGACAGCCGUUUCUACCACUUCAGACCUGUCAUGGACUCCUACAUCCAAAAUCACUUUGCUGGAGCUUUGGCAUACAAAGAGCUGAUUCGAUGUCUGAAGUGGUACAUGGACCGCUCGGCUGAGGUCGUCCGACAGGACCACAUCCAGGAAGCCAUGAGGGCUCUAGAGUACCUGUUCAAGUUCAUCGUCCAGUCUCGUAUCCUGUACUCGAGAGCCACCUGCGGGAUGGAGGAGGAGCAGUUCAGAGCGAGCAUCCAAGAGCUCUUCCAGUCGAUCCGCUUCGUCCUGAGUCUGGACAGCCGCAGCUCAGAGAACCUGGUGUUCACUCAGUUUAGGGGUGUGAUCAGCUGCAUGCCUUUCUGUGGUCAUACCCCUGGGCUCUCGUCCAUCUCAGCAGCACUGUUGAACAGUUUCCCUGAUAUCUUUGAUGAGCUGCUGCAGAUGUUCACUGUUCAGGAGGUAGCCGAAUAUGUCAGGGGCACCCUAGGGAGCAUGCCCAGCACGGUGGACAUUGGCCAGUCUAUGGAUGUAGUCAAACUGCAGUCCAUUGCUCGUACAGUCGAGAGCCGCCUCUUCUUCUUCCCUGAGUCUCGAAGUAUUCUGCUGCCGGUGGUUCUGCAUCACAUCCACCUUCAUCUGCGCCAGCAGAGGGAGCUGCUCAUCUGUUCUGGGAUCCUUGGCAGCAUCUUUUCCAUAAUUAAGACGAGCUCCAUGGAGUCUUCUGUUCAGGAGGAAGUGGAGAUGAUGGUGGAGAGCCUUCUGGAUGUGCUGCUGCAGACUCUGCUGUCCAUCAUGAGCAAGUCUCACUCAGUGGAGACGUCCAGAGGACAACGCUGUCCCCAGUGCACUGCCGAGAUAACGGGGGAGUAUGUUUCCUGUCUUCUCUCUCUGCUACGUCAGAUGACAGAGCUCCACUUUCAUCAUCUACUUAACAACUUCCACAGCAAAGAGGAGCUGAAGGAGUUCUUGUUGAAGAUCUUCUGCGUGUUCCGCAAUCUGAUGAAACUGACGAUCUUCCCCCGAGACUGGAGCGUCAUGAGGCUUCUAACUAGUCAUAUCAUCGUAGUGACAACACAGUUCCUGUCUCCGGCACUACACAAGAACUUCUCAGAGGCCGAUUUUGAUUUCAAGGUGUGGAACUCCUUUUUCAGCCUCACUGUGCUGUACAUCAACCAGCCCAGUCUGCAACUGGAGGCGAUCGGCCCGGCUAAAAGAAAGAAAGUCCUGGACAAGAAUGGAGAUAUGAGAGUGAUGAUGGCUUAUGAGCUCUUCAGCAUGUGGCAAAAAUUAGGUGACAACAAGCCCCACUUCAUUCCCGGAAUGAUGGGUCCCUUCCUUGGCGUCACCCUGGUGCCUCAGACCGAGGUUCGAAACAUCAUGAUCCCAAUUUUCCACGACAUGAUGGAUUGGGAGCAGAGGAAAAACGGCAACUUCAAACAGGUGGAAGCGGAGCUGAUGGAUAAGCUGGACAGCAUGGUGUCGGAUGGAAAAGGCGAUGAUAAUCACAGAGAGCUCUUCAGCCUUUUGACCCAGCUGUUUGGUCCUUAUCCAAGCCUGCUGGAGAAGAUAGAGCAGGAGACCUGGAGAGAGACGGGGAUCUCAUUCGUCACAUCAGUCACAAGACUUGUCGAGCGAUUACUGGAUUACAGGGACUGCAUGAAAGGAGAUGAGAUGGAGAACAAGAACAAAAUUGGUGGUUCCGUCAACCUCAUGAACUUCUACAAAUCAGAGGUCAACAAGGAGGACAUGUACAUCCGUUACAUCCACAAGCUGUGUGACCUGCAUCUCCAAGCAGAGGACUUCACAGAGGCAGCGUUCACCCUGCUGCUGUACUGGGAGCUGCUGCAGUGGGAGGACCGGCCUCUGAGGGAUUUCCUUCACUACCCCUGUCAGAGCGAGUGGCAACGCAAGGAGAACCUGAGUCGUAAAAUCCUCCACUACUUCAACAAGGGCAAGUGCUGGGAAUAUGGAAUCUCUCUCUGCCGGGAGCUGGCUUUCCAGUACGAGACUUUAUAUGAUUACCAGAGCCUCAGCUGGAUACGGAAAAUGGAGGCAGCGUAUUAUGACAACAUCAUUGAGCAGCAGCGGAUCGAGCCGGAGUUCUUCAGAAUGGGCUUCUAUGGCAGGAAGUUUCCUUUCUUCCUCAGGAACAAGGAGUUUGUCUGUCGUGGUUAUGACUAUGAACGGCUCGAGGACUUCCAGCAAAGGAUGCUGGGGGAAUUUCCACAAGCCAUCGCCAUGCAGCAUCCCAACCAACCUGACGACACCAUCCUGCAGAGUGAUGCUCAGUACUUGCAGAUCUAUGCGGUGACUCCAGUGUCAGACAUCUCUGAUGUGCCUCAGCUGGAGCGUGUGCCCGAGAGGAUCAAGAGCUUCUACCGCAUAAACAAUGUCAGCCGCUUCCACUAUGACAGGCCUUUCCACAAGGGGCCCAAGGACCGCGAGAAUGAGUUCAGGAGUCUGUGGAUUGAGAGAACAACCCUUAUCCUCUCCCGUCCUCUCCCCGGGAUCUCUCGCUGGGCGGAGGUGGAAAGGAGAGAAGUGAUGGAGGUGAGCCCUCUGGAGAAUGCCAUUUAUGUGGUGGAGAAUAAAACCCAGGAGCUUCGGACUCUGAUCAGCCAGUACCAACACAGACAGCAUCAUGGCAACAUCAACCCGCUCAGCAUGUGCCUAAAUGGGGUCAUAGAUGCGGCUGUGAAUGGAGGCAUCGCCAGAUAUCAGGAGGCCUUCUUUGAUAAGGACUACAUCAGCAGUCAUCCAGAAGAUACAGAGAGGAUCACACACCUGAAGGAUUUGAUGCAGGAGCAGGUGCACAUUCUCGGAGUGGGGCUGGCUGUUCACGAGAAGCUGGUGCAUCCAGAGAUGCGUCCCCUGCACAAAAAGCUGGUAGACCAGUUCCACAUGAUGAGGACCGGUUUGCAUCAUGGUGUGCCCGGCGUGGAUCGAUUCGGCCCUGCAGGCUGCCAAGGUGUCAACUCUCCCAGAGGCAUCCUCUCCUCCCACAGCCACAUGAGCCCUGAGAGUGUCCGCCUCAUACACAGACACAGCCCUCUGAACCUUCAGGGUUCGAUCCGUCACUCGUCCUCCUCGCUGUCCUCUCACACAUCGAGUGAGGCAGGAAACCUCGUCAUAAUGACCGACGGCCUAAUGGGGGAGCACCCAGAGGAGGCAUUACACAUGCAGCCGAGCCCCUCCUCCUCCAGCCUGAGCUCAAUCCGCUCCAACUCUUCCCAGAUUAUUAACUCUGCUCCCUCGAGUGCCAGAGGCUCUCCGUCUUUGCCUGAUAAGGCCAAACACAACCGAGAAGUGAUGAUACUGUUGCCGUCUCAUCGUGAGAGGGGCAACAACUCCAUGUACUACAACAUGGCAGAGAACGGACAGAACAACCACAUGCAGCGUGCCUUACUUCAGCAAGUUAGCCCCUGUAAGCCAUGUGCUGAUCCUCACAUGAAUCUCCCAGAGAAAGUGUUUCCUAACGCUCCCAGCAGCUGGAGUUUGGAUGGAGAGAACAGGGAGCAGAUGUCCUACAUGCCGGCUUCUGCUGGAGGGGUGAUCAUGCCACCUGUCCCACCAAGGUCCUUCCCAUCAGGACACUUCCUGAUGCACUGUGAUGCGUUUCACCACCAGAAUAGCGACCCUCCCCCCGCCCUGCCUGUCCGUUCACUUCGAAAGUCUCCUCUCCACCCGAUCCCUGGCUCUCCCACCAGUCCUCAGUCAGCUUUGGGUGGCAGUAACUCCACCCUGUCCGGCAGCGCCAGCAGCGGCGUCUCCUCUCUGAGUGAGAGUAACUUCGGAGGCCAGUAUCCAGACCCCGGCCCCAUCAGGAACGACGCACUGGAGCCUCUUCCCAGUCACCUGUGGUCCCCCCCUGACGAAUACCUGGCCUCUCCCUACUUGCACAUCCACUACGGCGGACCAGAGCUCGACUCAGUGGACCCAGUCCGCCCCUUCCACUACCGCAGCCCCGCCUCGCACCCGCACAACCACCCGCAUCCUCACGCUCACGCCCACCCCGGGAUGGACGGCCACUCCCACGGGCCGUUGCCUCACCACCACGCUCCCAUUCACGGCCCCCACCACAUCCCGUACCGCAGGCCUCAGCCUCCGGCCGUGCCGCCUAAACCCUACCUGAGAGAGGGCUGCAUCCCCGAGGAGGAGCUGCCGCCUCAGCCCAUCCCGCUGCCCCGCAGGAUCUUCCACUCCCCUCACGGCCACCGGGAGGACCAGGGGAAACACCCCUGGGAGCAGUGCAUCAACGAGGAGCACGAGGAGACCCAGUGAUGAAGAGGCUCCAGCUAUAUUUCAGUUAGUUCUCCUUGUCUUCUUCCCUUCAUUUGCACUGAAUGAAAGGAGCAGUAAUAGGAAGAGUCUCAUGUGAAGCAGUGUUCAGUUGACCCUUUAAUUUAGUGCACAUGAAGGAAAGGAAAGAGGGAGUGAACGUUGAUGAAUCUACAGUACGAGGCACAACUGCCGUCACUGCUCCGUGUGGCCUCUUAGAUAUAUAAUUAAAAGAAAUGAAUCUGUUGAACAAUAACACAGAUUCACUUUGUUCAGAAAUUGAUAUUGAUUGUACACAAAUGUACAACCCGUCUGUGAGCAUGUUUUUUCAUUUGAGAAUAAUACGACAACCGUUUUGUGAAACAUGACAACCGUGAUCAUAACCAACAUGAUCCCCCCGGUGCAGUUUAAGCUCUGAACUCCCGUCAUUUUGCUUUUCAUGGCAUUUUCACAACACGAGGCGGCAACGACCGAAGGUUAUUAUUCACAGCGAAGUGACUUCUCUGCUUUAAAUGCUUCAUAUAUAUGAAUUCUUAUUUUGAUAAAUAAAUACAAAAUACAUUAUAGUGUUUUCAAAGGCUUAAUGUCCAUUAUGUUUUCCAAAACACUGUUAAGUGCUCCUUAAUAGUGAAUCAUAUCAAAUGGCGCACUUUGAUACGCGUUGCUGCCGGGCUGUCAUGAAUCGACUUGCAGCUCUCCUCUUUGGACCGGCACCUCAAGGGACAUGAACUUGAGUCACUGACGAUUUCCCUUCCGUACCGUUGCGUAUGGAAACCUACUACGUGAAUGUAUUCAGAUGAGAUGUUCUAUUUGUAUUGCACAAGCUGCAAUCUUGGUUUUUUGUUUAAGUGCUUUAAGUUGAGUCUAUGUUGAAGAAGUCUCUAUUUGUCUCUUUUGUGUGACAAAGAUAUCUCCAGAGGACGGAGAGGGGAGGACAAUGACAGACAGGUAUCACACCUGUCAUGUUUCAUGUUCAUGGUGAAUGGAACGAGAACUCUCCACACCUCAACCACCUGCUGGACUCGGAAAACUAACACCAUCUCUCUCUUUCUCCCUCCAUCUUUUUCCUUCUCUGUAUGGUUGUCAGACCAUGUUAAGCAGUGAGGGCUGAAACUGGACAGCUGCAGUGGCAUUUGCGUUGCGUCUGAUGACACUGUUUAGACCCCCCUGCCCGCUGAGUGGCCAGUCGAGGAGCCCACUCAGACAGCGUUGGAAUCGCCUACCUGCCUUAAGUGCACUCAAAUGCAGUUUGACCUCUCACCCGGACUGUGAGAAGCUCAUUUAGCGACAGCCGUUCUCCUUUUCAUUCUGUUCACUAUACGCUCCCUGUAGGAAAAAACAAACAAAAAAAAGAUAUCUACCUAGUGAUGUUUUGUAUGGUUUCGUCCCGCUUUGGUUUCAGGUUGUUGUUUGGUUUGUAGCGCUAAUAAUUCUUAUUCUGCCUGCGGCUCUUUCUCAAUCACCUUCUGUUGUGUGAAAACUAAUGAUGUGUUUCAGAAGAAGCCCGGACUAAGAGAGAGGUUUACUUUUUAUGUGGAGCAGAAGAACAGCGCUGUUUAUCGCGAUGCAGUGUGUUGGAAGGAUAUAGCUAAUAUUUUAACAAUUUUCCUGGUUGUUUUUUUUUUUUUUUGCAGGUGGAUGCUUUGUGUUACCGUACAUCAAGUUGUCAGCUGACUAGACAACAUCUAUUUUUGUAUGUGAGAUCAUCAGUUGUGUGAACAUAUUUCAAAGACAGAAGGUACUGCAUCAGCUGCUGUACUUUGUAUGGAGAUGGACCUCUGCUUAGAUAUAUACAAUAUGUGAGUAUCUCUUGUGAGGCCGAUGGCACUGAGGAGAACUGGUGACUGAAGUGAUGCUCAAAAUAUAGGUACAAUAGAAUUUUUCAAUGUAAAUUCUGUUAUUGUACAUACAGCAGUAUUGUGAAAUAUUUUUGAGAAUUAUUGCAGACGCCCCAAAAAGGUUUAUCGUUGUUUUGUGUAUAUACAUGUACUCCAGAGAUCAGUGUAAUUGAUAAAUAUCUAUAAUCAGUGUUUGAAAAAGGACAAAUCCAUUAGACUGUGGCCGUCUCCACCGUUCUUGACUUUGAGUCUUCUCAUAUAAAUACUUUAUACACUUUUCAAUGUGCUUUCCUGUACAUAUGGUGUUAGCAUGAUCAAACAGUGUUUGGUUGUAAAAGUGGUUUUCCUACUCCCAUAACUGCUGUGGUAUGGAAUUCAUUAACGAUGCCAAACAUUAAAGACAAUCUUUUAUCAGCUCUAA